GCGUGUCGUCUAAAUUCCUCGUCACCGUCGUCUAUACAUUUUGAUCUGAGAGUAUUAAAGAGGUUUCACAGUUCGUUAACCGGAGGAGGGUUCUCCACGACGAACGAUGACGAUCGAAAGAGCUCGAGUCCCGUUGAGCCGGUGGCAACAAGCAGCCGUAGCGGUUGGUUCUGCCGUCGGUGCGUUGGUUAAUCCUCGUAGGGCGGAUCUGAUCGCCGCACUCGGUGAAACCACCGGAAAACCAGCUUUCGAAAUGGUUCUUGAGAGGAUGAAGAAGAGUCCUGAAGGAAGAGCUAUCUUGCUGGACCGUCCUCGUGUUGUGUCGGAGCAAGUAGGUCACGCUUGGGAUCUACCAGACAACACAUUCGGAGCUGCAUAUGCCAAGUUCAUGGGAUCUAGAAACUUCUCUCCAGACGACCGUCCUCCUGUGAGGUUCAUGGAGACGGACGAGCUGGCGUACGUAGCCACGCGGGCACGUGAAGUUCACGACUUGUGGCACACGCUCUUCGGCCUCCCUACGAAUCUGAUUGGCGAGUCGGCGCUGAAAGUGAUAGAGUUUGAGCAGAUGUAUCUUCCGAUGUGCAUGCUCUCUGUGGUUGGAGGAACCGUGAGGUUUAAUGAGAAGCAGAGGUCGAUGUUCUUUAGGCAUUACUUUCCUUGGGCUGUGAGAGCUGGGAGACAGUGUACAGACCUAAUGUGUGUUUACUAUGAGCGUCAUUUUGAUGAAGACUUGGAGCAAGUGAGGAGAAAAUGGGGGAUCAUCACUGCUCCUCAACAUCCUAAGUGAGUGAGUGAUGGGUUUUAGAACCUUUUGAGAAAAGACUUGUACUUGGUUUUACAAUGUAAUUUGUUUUUUUAGACUUUUAGUAUCUGUUUGAUUCAGUGAGAACUUUGGGAAAUAAGAGAGAACUUGAAUGAAGUGUCUUUGAUUCAAAUGCUAUGAACAUUUUUUCAGCAGAAUA